GUAAGACUGAAGGAUGGUGAUUUCAACAUAAACUGAAUGACCAUUAACAAGUACACAUCUGAACCAAGCUGGCUUUGGUUUUAUUAUAAAAUAUUUUACUUACGACGCGUUUCCAAGAAAUUAACGGACCAAUGACGCUAACUUUAUUGACACCCUUAUUCGAAAAAAAACGGUUUCUCAUCCGUGAUACCUUGCUACCCCAAAUGAUGGAUCAUAUUGAUUCGAUUAAAGUAGAAGAGGACGAAGAUGAUUUUUCUGUUGAUUCGUGGGAUACAGCAUCGAAUGAAGAGUUAGAGCAGGUGAUGGAAUAUUCCGAACCUUUACUUAGUCCAGAAGGGAGCGAUCAACCUGGCAGACAAUCGAAGAGUGGGGAAUCAUUAGAAGAAAAAUUAGAACAGUUUUCACCUAAUAUCAACUUACACGUCACUGAAGAAGCCAAACAACUUCUUGAAGAAACUCCAGAAAUGCGAGAAUUGAAACGUGAGAAAAACAGACUAGCAGCACGAAGAUGCAGACAAAAGCAAAAAGAUAGAAUCACCUACUUAGAAAAGGAUGUGAAAGAAAUAGAAGCAGCAAAUUAUCAAGUUGAAACCGAAAUUAAAAUGUUACAACAGCAACUACACGAAUUACGAGAUAUGCUUUUAAACCACAAUUGUGUGAUGGCUGCACCACGACUCUCACAUAGAAAAUUUACAAUGAAUGAUUAUGCAUGUUACCUUUGAUUUUUGGUUAUUUUGGUAAUAGUACAUGUGUAAUAAUUUAUAUAGUUAUGGGAUUUAUAUUAUAUUUUGUAAAUAAAGCUCCUUUUUUUGAAAAAUAAUUUUUUUAAAAAGUUUAAUAAGUCCAAAAAAGUUUAACAAGUUCUCUCAACUCAUUUUUCUUCAUAAAAAAUAUAUAAUAUAUAAGAGCCAAGAAUUAAACUAUUUCAAUUUUUUUCUAUGUUUUGUCCAGUUUCUUAGAUGCUUUGGUUUCCUUUGUUUUUCCCUUCUUUUAUAAAGAAAAAAAUAAACUUUUGAGAAAUUAAUAUAAAAUGCUACAAGAUUAUUGUAUAUAUUUAUUGUAUACUUGUAAUUAACUGUAAAUAUAAGAUGAAGGUGUACUUAUAUACACGUGUGUAAAUACUUAAUUUGUUCAACGAAUGCUACCACA